GGCGGCGCUGGGCUCAAGCUCGGCUCCGCGAGCGGAAGAGGCGGCGGCGGCAGAAGCCGAGGAGGAGGCUCCAGACGCUGCUCGGGAACCGGGACCAGGAGUGCCCGCGCCCUGAGCGCUCCGCUCCGGAGGCGUCAUGGCCGAGUACGGGACUCUCCUCCAGGACCUGACCAACAACAUCACACUUGAAGACCUGGAACAGCUCAAAUCAGCCUGUAAGGAGGACAUCCCCAGUGAGAAGAGUGAGGAGAUCACUACGGGCAGUGCCUGGUUUAGCUUCUUGGAGAGCCACAACAAGCUGGACAAAGACAACCUCUCCUACAUCGAGCAUAUCUUUGAGAUUUCCCGCCGUCCUGACCUACUCACUAUGGUGGUUGACUACAGAACCCGUGUGCUGAAGAUCUCAGAAGAGGAUGAGCUGGACACCAAGCUAACCCGUAUCCCCAGUGCCAAGAAAUACAAAGACAUUAUCCGGCAGCCCUCUGAGGAAGAGAUCAUCAAAUUGGCUCCCCCACCGAAGAAAGCCUGAGCAAAAGGGAGGACGAAGAGGAAGGUUGGACCUUCAUCGGACCACUCCCUUCCCCAUCCUCCAUGGGAGGGGGCAAGGGCAACCCCCCAUGUACCCACUUACUAACCUGGUCCUAACCCCCUUACUGUGCGCGUGUGUGUGCGUGUGCGCACGCUCUGGCUGUCUGUCUAUAUGUCUAACUCAUCUAGUUCCUCCUCCUCGUGAGGGGAUGGGGGUCAGGGGAUAGGGGGGUUUAGUUUCCCCACCCUAGGGGAGAGAUGGGGGCUAUUUCUAUGCAAAUAGAAAUUGGCAUAUUCCUCCUACUUCCCUUUCCUCCACUCUCCCCUCACAUCUUUAAAGUGUGGAAGCAGAAAAGACCUGCAUUUUCCUACAUUGAGGAGCUGAGGUGGAGGUAAGGUAUGGGAGAGGUGGGCAGAUAAAAGGAAAAGCAGUGGGAAGGAAAGGUGAAGAGUCCACUAGCCCCUACACGGAAGGGGCAAAGGAAAGCCAGGGUUCAGUAUUUGUGCCCCUUUGACCGACUGUCUGGAGUUGUUUCCUGCUGCUCCUCCCUCAGGUUGAAGGGCCUAGGUGACAGCAGGUCCCUUUUUAUGCCCUUCUCAUGGGCCUAGGAUAGGUAUGAGCCAGGGAUCUAAUGAGAGCAGCCCACUGGAUCCUUUCCUGGUCCCAAAGAUCUAAUCCUAUGGAGCAGCCAGCAUUUGAUCCCUCCCUACUCCAGACAAUGCUGGGAAUAUGCACCACUGAGCCUGAAUUGGGGAUGCGGGCAGAGAGGGGCCCUUUUCCACACCUUUAGUCCGACUCAGACUGUUUGCAUAUAUUAACCCUGAACCUAGGGAGAUGGAGAAAUGAGAUCCAUAGAUUUUAACCUAAACCUGCCUCCACCAUAGGGUUUCCACGUGGAUAUUACAGGCAACCUUCUCUUUGCUUAGUCUGGGACACUCCUAAGCCAGAAAUAAGUGAAAUUAACCAGUGUUUUCCUUUGCACUGAUCCCCAUCCCAGUUCAAUCCAGGUGGGGGCUUGCUAACCCUUCUCACUUGAUACCCUGGCCUCUUGGGCUUGUGGACACCUCCUAGCCAAAUCACUGGAGUACAGUGAGUGACCCCAGCCUCCUGCCUGUCCCAAGACACCCUUCCCCACCCUGACCGUGCUAACUGUGUGUACAUAUAUAUUCUACAUAUAUGUAUAUUAAACCCGCACUGCCAUGUCUGCCCGUUUUUGUGGUGUCUAGCAUUAACAUUGUCUAGGCCAGAGCGGGGGUGGGAGGGAGUGCCACAGUGAAGGGAGUGGUGGAGUCAAACUGCUACAUACUCCAAACAGAGAAGAAAGCCUUCCAAGACAAAAUCAAUAACAAACAUUAAAUUUACAUGCAGACUCAGAGACUGGAGAAAGUUGAAGCUAGGAGUUACUAGGAUGCGGGAGCAAAACUUGAUAGUGGGAGGGGAGGGCUGGCUGUUCAAGAGGGAAGCCAGACUGGUUAGAAAGCGCCCUUGACUCCUAGCCCAGACGUCUUGCCCAUCCCCUCUGGCCAUUGCUGUGGACACCUGCCUUAACAAACACACCUUGAGGACUCCACUGUUUUGCCUUAAAGGACCUUCCCAAGUCUCACCAGCUCUGUCUGGCUUCUCCCUUAAGAGUACUUAUAAAUUGGCAGUGGGAAUGAGGAUGAACUGGCCUUCCAUUUGGGGUAUUACAUGAGAGCAGGAGUAAGAGAGAAUAAGUUUUCCUCGGAGAAGAGAGGGUUAUUUUCAGCAGUCUAGUAGUUUCUCUCUGUAAGGCAAAAUAAUCUAAAAAGACUAACCUGCCCUCCCACUCUCUGUACUGCUGUGAGGUUGCCCCUCUCCUGUGCUCCUCUGUCUGCAGUGUGCACGGCCUUGUUCUAACCCUGGAAUAAAGGUGACUGAUUGUACUGUA